AUGGCUUCUGCACAACAGCAGAAGAUCCGCCGAACUGUCUGGACUGGAGCCAUAGCUGCCGUGACAGCGACCGGAGCUUGGUAUGGGGCUGGGCUGAAGACUCGGUCCGAGAUCAAGCAGAAGGUUGAGAAAUCCCGCGAGGCGACAACUGCCGACAAGAUCGCUCAGCUCGAGGAACAACGAGGUGCAUUGAUUGCCAAAAGAUUGGGCCUCGAGAAGAAGAUUAAGGAACUGGAGAUGAGGGCCAAUGGAGCAACGAGAGAGGAGAGUGUGCAGGGACAAGAGAGGAAACGAUGA